UUUUAUUUUAAUCAAAUGAAAAAUAAAUUCGCAGAAAUAAAUCGAGAAUAUUUUUUGAAACGAUCGCUUACUAAUUAUCACCUAAUCAUAAACUGGAAGUCUGAUAUUUCUUUUCAGUGUAUUUACGAAAAAUCUCGAAUUCAUAAUUUGGUACCCGUACUAAUAUUGGUUGCAUAUUCCUUUCUUGGCGGUCUAAUAUUUUAUUCACUCGAAUCGCCAAAUGAAGAUAUUUUCAUAAAGGAGAAAAGAGAGUAUUUUGAUAACGAAAAACGCUUACUUACGAAUAUAAUUAUGGAUAUUGAACAAGAUGUAAAUAGUUUUCGACAACGAUACAAUAAUACUUAUAUUAUUAAUGCAAGGCUAAGGAAGUAUCGAAAAUUUGCUUUGAAUCGCCUCAAAACGACAAUUUACUGGUAUAUAUUAAGUGCAUAUUAUUUAACUGAUCGUGAAGGUCAUAAAGCUUCGUUGCUCAAUCCACAAAAUCCAGAAAGAAUUUGGCAAAAUCAUUUUGCAUCGAAUUUUGGUCGUAUUCGAGCCUUAAGAAAUUAUACCGAGCAGCUAUCACUUCGUUGUUGGGAAAUCGGUUUGGAAUUCAGUGAAGAUCGAAAGUUCUCUUUUGAUAAAUUGGAAGAAGCAAUAUCGUUGUUUAAUUCAUGGACGGGACUUUCUCAAGUGCUCACACCCACUUGGACUUUUUGGAAUUCAAUGUUUUUUGCCGUUACAACGUACACCACAAUUGGUUACGGUAAUAUCACUGCGAAGAGCAAGGUUGGCAAGUUGGCUGCAAUGCUUUAUGCUGUUAUUGGGAUACCUCUGGUGCUUAUGAUAUUGCAUAAACUUGGAAGGCAAUUUCUUAAUGUCCUCGAAUAUUCGUGGAAUCUUGUGGUCAGGACCAUUGAAUUCGUUGUUUGUAUGAAGGAUAUUAGUCGCUGGAAACGGCAACUGGAUGAAAAAAGUCGAGAAGCCAACAUGCCACUUCUUCUUGCUCUUGGAAUAGCAUCUGGCUGGAUGUUUCUUUGUGCUGCGGUCUUCCUUAGAUUUGAAAAAGAUUGGGAUUAUUUUAAAAGUUUUUAUUUCUUUUUCUGUUCUUUAACAACAAUUGGAUAUGGUGAUGUGACUCCAACUAAUUCCGAAGACAUGUUCAUAAUAUUUGGAUUUAUUAUGGUUGGACUAUCUUUAGUAAGCAUGUGUAUUAAUGUCGUUCAGUCAAAAUUUGAGCAAUUAUUUGAAGAAUUACUUCUAAUGAUGAUGGAGGAAUAUCGGCAGACUGGAAUACCGACACCUGACAUUAUGAUGGCAAUGUGGCGAAUGUGGAGGAAAAAGAGGAAACAGAGGAAACCAGAGAAUUCGAUAGCAUCGAGAACAGUGAUAUCACUGAAACGAAGGAGGCAAGCUUUGGUAGAACAAAUUCGCCGAUCGUUGAAUAUGGCAAGAAAUUUUUUUCUCCUGUGCAUUUUACCAUUUUCUGGAAAUUUGAUAAAGAGGAUUGAACACCAUCAGCUGCGAGGAAAUAAGAAAAGAUGGGUAUUUGCGCAAACUGAUCAAACACCACGUGGUGCUGCCAGAGGAUUAAUUUCUCCUAUGUAUAUGUAUAUGCCAAGGCGAGCUAGGAAGGUAAAUAUCGUUAAUAAUUGA